AUGAGCCUAUUCAUUCGUGCUACAGUAAAAUCUAUUUACGAGUAUCCACCAGACGCGCUGGCCAAUUUCACGGAAUUCGCAAACAACCAUGGAUACGCCGCUGAGGAGUAUACGGUCGUUACCGAUGACGGGUACAUCCUAUCACUGUUCCGCAUACCGAAAGGCAAGAAGUGUAAAGGUCCGGUGAGACAGCCCCCGGUUCUGCUAAUGCACGGACUUCUGCAGAGUUCCGACUCUUGGCUGGAUGCUGGCCCGUCAGCGGGUCUAGCCUUCCUCAUAUCGGACGCCUGCUACGACCUUUGGGUAGGGAAUGUGCGCGGCACUUACUACGGAAGGAGACAUCUCCGAUUAGAUCCAGACACUGAUUCUGAGUUCUGGGAUUUUUCCAACGAUGAGAUGGGAAGGUUGGACCUCCCCGCCACAAUCGAUUUCAUAUUAAACACCACCGACAGUUGUGAGAUCAUAUACAUCGGCUUUUCCCAAGGCGGCAGGAUAUUUUACAUCCUCUGCUCCGAGACAGAGUACUGCGAUAAGAUAAGAUUUGCCAUAACAAUUGCGCCAGCGGUGAGGUUUAAGUACACGAGAUCGGUGACGGUGAGGUAUUUUUUCGAGUUUUUUGCAAUUAUCGAGCCAUUCCUGCGCCGUCCUCACGAGAGAGAAAUCCUCAGAAAAGGUGGUCCAGUUGAGCAGUUAGCUUCGUUUAUUUGCAAGGAUCCGGCUUUUGCUGACACUUUUUGUCUAUUCUUUUUUUUCGCAAUAGAUUCCUAUGAUCCAGGGUCGUUUGCGACACAAACCCUAAGGGUGCUCUAUGGGCAUUUUCCCGCGGGGACAUCUGCCCGUAAUCUCGCGUUUUAUGGACAGGGCAGGCUGUCCGGCAGAUUUCAAAAGUACGACUACGGGCUGGCGAAGAACUCUGAGAUUUACGGCAGCGUAUUCCCGCCUCUUUAUAAUCUGAGUCGUGCAAACGUGCCUGUACUGUUGAUUUAUGGCAAUAGCGACUUCUUAGUCGAUCCGAGGGAUACGAAAUGGUUAGCGACGCAGCUGCCGGAUUUGGUAGAAUCUCAUGAGGUGACGAGAUCUACUUGGAAUCACUUUGAUAUGAGUUACAGCCAGUUCACGGUUCAACUGAUUUAUCCUAAAAUAAAACAGUACUUGGAAAAAUAUAGUUACAUA